AUGCUAGUAGGGGAUAACCCCACUGGGGAUAUCCCGUGUCGUCGCAACAUACUUCGCACGGGCCCGGUUUCACGAGAAACCAAACCCUUCGAGUGCAAAAGCGCAAAAAAGCGCGUCCUUGAUGCGUUCCUGAGCGGACACAAAUACUUGGGAAUGGCAACAUUCAACGCCGUGCUUGUCACUGUUAUUCAUUGCACUGUUGCUAAGGGGCAGUCGUACGUGAAGAUGGCGGUCUUGGUCAUGACCGCGCUCAAGAAAUACUAGGAUAGCAGGCGGACAUGCCCUUCUCCGUCAGGAAAGACCGUUUUUGAAUGACUUUGCUGUGAAUGUGAGUAGCUCGUCGUUUCACUGUGCACUCCACCC